ACUACUUAUAUUCUCUCUGUAUACUUUCCUCAUAUUUUUUCAUAUUCUCGUUAUUAUUAGUUAGUUAUUCUAGUAGUGUUGGUCUGCCGGUCUAUAUAUACUCGCCGGUUAUUGAAUUGUUCACCAAGCAAAAGAGAUGGGUUGGGUUUGGCAAAACGACGAUGACGAUGUUUCCCGCCGCUCCGGCGAUAACCCUAGCAUGUCAUCAGCCGGGGACGACGGCGGCCAGUGCGACACCCGGAAAGUCCUAAGGACACAGUGCCGAAUCGAGGAGUCCGAGCCUGGCAAGUUCGUCCGAAAGUGCGAGAAGACCGAGGAGAUCUUCAAGGACUGCGUCGGAAGGCUGCCUGAGAUGGUGCAAUCUAACAAAGAGUACACCGAGGAAGAUGUAACGAACCAAAUGAAUAAAGGGUUUGCUUUGCCAGCUUUGGAGUCAUCACAUCAAACGCCUUUCGACUUCCCUGGGCUGCGCAGUGAUAUUGAAGCCAUGGAGCGCAACUUCUUCACUGGCCUUGACCGCUUCUUUGGAGCAGCCGAGGACACCAUGAAUGGAUUCUUCGGCUCAUUUGGCACCCCUGGAGUCUACAAUGGUGAUCAAUCCUCCUCAGCAAGGACCCGAGGUAUACCAGGUCCAGAAGCAGCCAAGGACACCAUGAAUGGAUUCUUCGGCUCAUUUGGCACCCCUCGAGUCUACAAUGGUGAUCAAUCCUCGUCAGCAAGGACCCGAGGUAUACCAGUUCCAGAAGCAGCCAAGGACACCAUGAAUCGAUUCUUCGGCUCAUUUGGCACCCCUCGAGUCUACAAUGGUGAUCAAUCCUCCUCAGCAAGGACCCGAGGUAUACCAAUGGAACGCAACCCCCCGAAGGAACCUUCAACUGAAGUGAACACUUCUGAUGCAAGAUUUUAUUUGAACGGAAUUGCUGCAGGAUUUGAUUUUUCAGGACGUUCCAAAGAUGUCUGAAGCUAGUUUUUUAGAGGUUUUGGCUAUGGAGUUUGCAGAGUAGUUUGAUAGCUUUUUCAUAGUAUUGUUUGUGACCCAGAAUGUGGCUUAGAAAUUCAUAAUAUAAUUCUUUUAUUAUAUAAAAUGUUAAAUUGAUCAAUGGAAGCAACAUCUUUUUUUUUAAA